AUGGGGACCCCACGGAUCCCUGCACGCACAGUGCUCUUUGAGCGGGAGAGGACUGGCCUGACAUACCGGGUGCCUGCGCUGCUUCCUGUGCCCCCUGGGCCCACCCUGCUGGCCUUUGCUGAACAGAGACUCAGCCCCGAUGACUCCCACGCCCACCGCCUGGUGCUUCGAAGGGGGACACUGGCCGGGGGCUCUGUACAGUGGGGAGGCUUGUGUGUGCUGGGAACAGCAGUCCUGGAGGACCAUCGCUCCAUGAAUCCCUGCCCGGUACUGGAGGCGCGCACCGGGACCGUCUUCCUCUUUUUCAUCGCGGUGCUUGGCCAUACACCUGAGGCUGUGCAGAUCGCCACCGGCCGCAACGCAGCCCGCCUCUGCUGCGUGAGCAGCCGCGACGCGGGCCUCACCUGGGGCGGCGCCCGGGACCUCACAGCAGAGGCCAUCGGCAGCGCGGAGCAGGAAUGGGCCACUUUCGCUGUGGGUCCUGGCCACGGAGUGCAGCUGCGCUCUGGCCGCCUGCUGGUGCCUGCCUACACCUACCGAGUGGACCGUCGCGAGUGCUUUGGCCGCAUCUGCCGGACGUCACCCCACGCCUUUGUCUUCUAUAGUGAUGACCUCGGCCGAAGCUGGCACCACGGGGGUCUCGUGCCCAACCUGCGCUCUGGCGAGUGCCAGCUGGCGGCCUUGGAGGGAGGCCCCGGUGGUCCUGUCCUGUACUGUAACGCCAGGAGUCCGCUGGGCAGCCGCGUACAGGCGCUGAGCGCUGACGAGGGCGCCUCUUUCCUGCCUGGUCAGCUCGUGCCCCCACUGGCAGAGACUGCCCGCGGCUGCCAGGGCAGCGUGGUGGGCUUCCCAGCUCCACCCUCCCGUCGACCUCUGGUGGGGGCCCAGCCGGUGGGUGCCAGGAGCCACCCCUAUCCUCCACGCUCUGGUCCCCGAGUCCAGGGGUCCCGGGAAGAGGGUGCUGAAGACCCUUGUGGGUCAGCGGGGGCAUGUGGGGGUGGCUUGGGAGAGUCUGAUUCGGCCUCCAAGGUGUCGGCUCCGAGGCCCACGUGGCUCCUGUAUUCUCACCCGACUGGGCGUCGGGCUCGGCUCCACUUGGGCGUCCGCCUGAGCAGGGUCCCACUGGACCCGCACAGCUGGACGGAACCCUGGGUGAUCCACGAGGGGCCCAGCGGCUACUCGGACCUGGCGGCUCUCCCAGGCCCUCGUGUGGGUGACCAGGCCUUCGCCUGUCUCUACGAGAGCGGCAUGCGGAUCUCCUAUGAGGAGAUCUCCUUUAGCCUGUUUUCCCUGCGCGACGUGUUGGACAACGUCCACCCGGGGAAGCGACCGGCGCUCUGCCUGCCCUCCUGA